CCUGUGUGUUUACACACACAUAUAUAUAUACAUUUUGAAUAUGCAUUCCAGAAUUUUCACAAAGGGACCCUCACAGGAAAACAGCCCCUAACAGGAGACGUGAAAGCUGGGCACGAUAUUGAGUGACGACUCCAGGUACUGUGAAUAUGACGCAAUGUGUCAUCUGAAUGAUAGAUACACCAUUGUGGGCUGACAGCUGGGACUUCAUACAGUUAUACACUUGUUUGUCGGCCAACGACAAUCAUCUUCGAUAGAUCGGCGCACCUGGGAAGUUAGUGCGUCAUGGCGGUGUAUGUGUAUCCCGUUUUGUGUCUUUUGCUUGCUUCGCCUUUGUUUCAAGAUGUUCUGUCUCAGUACAGUAAGUUUCGGAAUGUUAACUACCAACAACAAGACAUGCCCCUCCGUGCGCGUGGAGGAUUCAACGGAGGGACUAGAAAUACUCAACAAAGGGGACUGCAGCAGUCAAGAAUAAUGCCUAACAGAGGUCAAUUGUCUCCUAACCAACCACUAUCUGCACAAGGUCAGGGCUCGGGUAUGAUGAGCCCGUAUAGUCAAUCGGUUGCCAUAUCAAGCGCAGACGCUGUGUUAUCACACAAGUCACUGGGCCCAAGAGGACGUCCUCUACAUGCAAUGAACAAUGGGCCACUAGCAAGGGAUCAUUCCCAAGGGUCCUUUUCGCACGUACCAGAUAUGGCCGUUGGCGCUAAUACUAUGCAGUCCGCGCCCAAUCCUUGGAAUCAACCGGAAGUCAAUGCACCUGGAUUCAUCCAAAGCCGCGGAGCCACGUGGGUUGACACUGGUGCAAAUAGAGGGAAGACAUUCGGACAUGACCAGAAUAUGGCAUUUAAUACAGCCACAAAGCAAUUGGAUGCGCAACUGCACGGCCCCGACGUACAUGUCCAACCUGAGAUGGGACAUCAUCACAGUAUAAACACCGUCGGUAUACGAAACGCAGGCAAUACAAGGAUUUCUUCAAAUUCACCUUUCCAAUCUGUAAUGACGUCUCCAGACAUUGUUUCCCCAACGCCUAAUGAUAGACCUUUCGACUCUCCUGUAUCGAUCACAAACCAAGGUGAAAUACCCAGCGAUAUGCAUCAAGCUCUUUCACAGACUACGGGUUCCAAUACUCAGCUGUGGGAAGCAUCCAGUGUCAACCAGCAACGUGCGCUAGACAAUUCACAUACGGAAAUAUUUAUGGACCCGACGAAACUAAUGCACAGCAGAAACCAACCAACAUUGUCAGAGCAAAUGUCAGGUUUACACUCAGGAGGCGGCGCUACUGUUAUGCAAGGAGAGGCUAGUUCGGUUGUUGACCCAAGAUUAGGGAUUAUUUCCUCACCCGACCAUAUAGCAACAAUGGAAGUCGGUUCGAGCCUUGGUGCUCAUAGACCACCGCCUGACAAUUGGCAUGCCAGUAUUGAGCACCGAAAGUCAUUGAGCCAACAACGGAAUAUUCCGUCGCAUAUGCAAAAUCAUCCUGGAAUGCAUAUAGAAUCUCCUUCAUCUCAAAGGUUUGAAAACGGAAAACAUUCACUUGGAAUAUUGUCAGACUCAUACGUGGUAUCAGAUGGUAGUACAUACGUUAAUACAGAUGCUGAGGUCAAGGUCAUGUCCGGUCUGUCACCUGUUGCCCGUCAGACGCCUCGACCACCACCUACACAGCCUCCCCCAGUUGUUAUUAAAAGGCCCGAACCUGUUAUUGAUCUGCCGGGUAGAGGCAAAAAGUGGGAGAACUUCAAAGAAAUACCAUGGGGCAGGGAUCAAGGAAUAUACAAACCUGGUAUACCAAUAGGUGAAAUGGCUGUUAAAAAGACAUUAGAUCCACAUGAACAGCGCAAAGCUCAAACAAGACAACCAAGUUCAACUCAAAAGAUGCCUGUGAAAACACCAUCAAAACCUGCAACUAAACAUGUAUUAGAUAAUCUAAUGAUAUACAUUGACAAUAUUAAUAAAAAUCUCGAAAGCACCACAACAAAGCAAAACGGAAAUACAGGAAAAUCUCUAGCGGGUGCAAAACAACGACCUGUUGCAACACAAGGAGGAGCCAAGCAGCAAACGGGCGUAGCUCAGAAAGGCUCAUUAAAACAUCUUGUUGGCAUACAAAAGGAUGUCAAACAGCAAACUGGUGUACCCCACAGAGGUUCAUUUAAACAGAGAGGUGGAUUACAAGAAACAGGUGUAGUACAAGAAGGUGCAUUGCAACUGACCGAUAGAGCUCACGGAAGUUUUGGAGGGAAAUCUGGUAAAGCUCAAGCAUUGAAAACAAAUGGAAAAAAGCAGGGGUCUGUACUAAAACAACCUAGUUUAGCUCAAAGAGGUCCACUGCACAAAAUGAAUUCACUUCAAGGGAGUUUACAGCACACCGCUGAAUCACCAGGUGGUGCAUUACAAAAGACUAGCAAAGUACAAGGAGGUGGAUUACAAAAACCUAGAAAAGCGCUCGGAGGUUCAAUACAACAAACCGGAAAAUCGCCGGGAGGUCCUUUGCAUAAAAUGCGUCAACUGCAAGGAGGUUUAGAACAUCAAACUGCUAAAUCUCAGGGAGUUGCGUUACAGCAGACUGGUAAAGGUCAAGUAAAUGCAUUAAACAAAAAUGGUUUAGCGCAAGGAGGUACAAUGCAAGAUAUCGGAAAACCGCUGGGAGGUCCUUUGCAAAAAAUGCGUCAUUUGCAAGGAGGUUUAGAACAUCAAACAUCUAGAUCUCAAGGAGGUGCGUUACAACAGACUGGUAAAGUACAAGCUUCCCCAUUGCAUAAAAGUGGUAAAUCGCAAGGAGGUUUGAUGCAACAACAAAAUGGAAAAUCUCAAGGAGUGUUAUUGCAUAAAACUGGUAAACUUCAAGGAGGUGUAGUACAGCAAACCGCAAAAUCUCAGGGAGGUGCGUUACAACAGACUGGUAAAGGCCAAGUAAAUGGAUUACAAAAGACUGGUAAAACACUGGAAGGCUUUUUGAAAGACACUGGAAAAUUGCCAGGAGGUCCAUUGCUUAAAAUGGGUACAACUAAAGGAAGUUUAAUACAGCAAGGUGGUAAUUCUCAAGGAGGCCAAUUGCAACAAAUAAGUAAAGUUCAAGGGAGUGUAGUUCAGCAAACCGGCAAAUCCCAAGGAGCAUUGCAACAAACUGGUAACAUGCAAGGAGGCAACACACAUAAUGCUGCUUCAGUUCAAGGAGAUACCUUGAAACAAACCAGAGUUCACAGUAGUGGGACAAAGCACAUGACCGGUUCUCAGAAGAAAAGCGCUGCGACUAAACCAGCUACUAUUCAUACAGGUUCUGCGACGCAAACAUCAAAUGCUUUGACUGCUGAUAGUAAAACUAGCGCUGCGAAAGAACAAUUGAUAGCGAAAACGAAUGUGAAUAAAGAAAGCAAAUCUGGAAUGCGCGAUGCCGUCAAUGCUGCCCGUUCUAAGAAGUACGAAGCCAUGCUUAGCAAACCUAUAUAUAAAGUUAUGUCUAAUGAGCCGACAGUUACACCGAUUUAUGGUUCUGUUCUCGGUGAAGCAAACAUUCAUCAUAGCGGUGGUACAACUAGUGGCACAAAGGUCGAUACGAAGCCAUCGGGUGAUCAAUUCGCUACUCCAUUUCCAUCAUCCAGUGUCAAGGUUGAUAGAAGCAAACUUCAUGGCAUUCCAAUACAUUUUGGACGGCCGCAACCAACCCCACCUUUGUCUUCUAGCAACACUGGCUUACAUGGCGAUGCCGUAAUAAAACAAACGACAACAAGGCCUACGACGCAUAGAAGCCAUGUAUAUGUAACUACUACAGUGCCAUCUUCUAAAGCGAUAACCACUAUUGCACAAUUAACAACUACUACCACUCCAGAGACAACAACAACCACUACCACUCCAAAACCUACGACAACCACAACCACUCCGAUACCUACAACGACAACUACUACUACUCCCAAGCCAACGACAACAACCUCUACCACUCCUAAACCAACGACAACCACUACCACUCCUAAUCCAACAACAACAACCACUACCACUCCAAAGCCAACGACAACAACCACUACCACUCCUAAACCAACGACAACAACCACUUCCACUCCUAAACCAACGACAACAACCACUACCACUACUAAACCAACGACAACAACCACUACCACUCCUAAACCAACGACAACCACUACCACCCCCAAGCCAACGACAACAACCACUACCCCUCCUAAACCAACGACAACAACCACUACCCCUCCUAACCCAACGACAACAACCUCUUCCACUCCUAAACCAACGACAACAACCACUUCCACUCCUAAACCAACAACAACAACCACUACCACUACUAAACCAACGACAACAACCACUACCACUCCCCAACCAACGACAACAACCACUACAACUCCCAAACCAACGACAACCACUACCACACCCAAGCUGACAACGACAACAACCACUACCACUCCUAAACCAACGACAACAACUACUACUCCUAAGCCAACGACAACAACCACUACCACUCCUAGGCCAACGACAACAACCACUACCACUCCUAGGCCAACGACAACAACUACUACCACUCCUAAACCAACGACAACUACUACUACUCUUAAGCCAACGACAACUACUACAACUACCGAACCAACAACCACUACUACCACUCCAGAACCAACGACAACCACUACAACAGCUGAACAAACGACAACAACUACAACUCCAGAGCCGACUACAACCAGUUCCACUCCAGAUUCAACGAUAACGACAGCUGAUGUAACCACCACAAACGCACCAGGCGAUAAUUGGAUUGGUUCAUUUGUAACAGGAAAACCUGUACAUCAUGAAACUGUGCUUUUAGAACGCACCACGGAAAAAUCUUCUACACUGCAAUCUUUACCACAAUCGACAGUAGAUCGCGCGCACAAUCAGGAUCCUCUUUCAAACGUAGAAACCAUGUUAACUAAACCCGUAUCUGAUGCUAGUGCAGUAAGCCAAAUUAAUCCAGUUUCAAUACCCGGAUAUCAAAUAUCAGUAAGAACAAUGGAACAAACGUCAGAUGUCGGGCAAAUUACAGGCAUGCCUUCGACAGAACCAACUUACAUACCCUCCUCAACAAACCUGGAUUUUGCAACCCAACAGACAGAGCAAAUGUUGGACUCAUCCACUACACUUGGAGCUUUAGGAGCAGAUAUCCAUGUGACAUCCCAAACUAUCGAGGCAUUGCAGAUUCACGACAGCAGAACGACACAGGGAACAUUGCAGUAUGAUUCAGUACCUACUACAGCGCAAGGGCAAGCCGUAUCUCUUGCUAGUUCCAUGGCACACAAAACAUCGUCUGUAGCUGAGGCAUUCACUGAAGACACAACUACAUACGCAUCAACAUCACUUUCAGAAGCAGAUACAACGAAUGUGACCGAACCAGGUACUACUAAUACAAAUAACGAACUAACAACUAAUGUACAGACAACAUAUACGGAAACCAAACCCGUGACAGAACUGCCUUUGGUAACAGAGCCGCUUAGAUACGAUCAUCUCUAUAUGGCAUUUGUCAAACCCGAAACUACAACACAACCACCUACCACUACUACUGUGACAACCACGACAGAAAGGAGGACACCAGAAUCAACCACCGAAGCAACACCACCACCACCAUCAACAACAACAACAACAACAACAACAUCAUCAACAACAACAACAACAACAGAAAGGCCAACAACAACCACGUCAACAACUACCAUAGAAGCAACGACUACUAAAACAACAGAAAGAAAAAUAACAGAAAGAAAAAGAAAACAUAAACCAACAGAAACAUCAACCAUUACAACAGAAGCGGCAACAGAUGCUGUACCAUCAAUGAAAACAACAUUUUUCAAUGCGCGUUCUGCUCAAGCGUCUAGUGCUGCCGCACCAACCCUGUCUAAUACCCUUAUUUACACUCCUCGUUCUAGCAUUGCUUCAGGGCCAGUAGUAGAAGGGUCCAACUCAGUUCUACCUACAACAGACCAAAGACAAUCAUCAUUAUUAACAACAUCAUCAAAGCAACAAACAAAUGCUUUCAAAGGAAAUUCACCCAUUUUUAGUACGACACUAACGUUAAGGGCAAAUACUAUUACUAACAAUGGCAAUAAUCUUAGGACACACUCCACAGGCUUAGCGUUCCCCACUGCAUCGUCUGCGCGGGCUCCUGUAACCGGAUAUUCCACAUUGAGCAACACCAUAACGUCCACCAUAGGAAACGGUGAGUUGUAUCAGUUGUCUACUACAUCUGGUGGGGAUGGCAUUCCCCAUGAAAGUAUAACACCCGAAAAUGACGUAAUACCCACUAAUUUCAAUAUUGCAGGCAUGGAUACAGCAGUAACGUCAAAACCAAAUAUGAUAGAGGAUUCCACUGCCACAAGUGUCAAUGGUGCUAAGUCUAUUGGGUCUACAGCCACAGAAAAAGCAGGAGACUCAGUAUCAUUAACACAUCUUCAGACUAAGAAUGGAAAUGCAAUGCAGAACCCAGAUGUGAAUUCCAAGAACACAUUAUCAUAUACUACCGAUAAUACAAAUGCACAAACCACAGCUAAUAUCCAAUCAUCACAGGCAUAUAACGCAAAAAAACAUGAUACACUACGACAACAAACUGAAAAUAGUGUCACCACCUCCUCAAAAAUCAGCACUCAUUCCACAACACAGAAAUCUAUCGGUCAAAAGUUUACAUCUGCUACUCAUAAAGCUGCUACGUUGUUUACAACAUAUCAAGCACCCACUGAUGUAGGGAAAACGACCAUUAAUACUGAUCCCCAUUCUACACGAUUCUACAAUCAUGACAAAAUGAUGACAUCAGGUCAGCCUAAUUUACACACAGUCCCCACAUACCCGUCUACAGGUCUGCAUUCCACGCAACUCCACAAAACACCGUCACAAACUACAUCUGAAGUACCAACAACAAAUACUAAAACCACUAUACCCUCUAGGGAUUCUUUGUCAACAAGAUCCCAGAAUAUAGAAACAAUUCCUGUGUCAGGUCAGCCUACUUUAGGUGUAAGUACUGCACCAUCGUCUACUGGUUCGCAACCAUCUAAAUUCCUUAAUAUACCGACACAAACGGCAUCGAGCAAGUCAAAUAUAAAUGUUGGCAACGCCAUGUCAACAGGUGUUCCAUCAGAUCACGCUACUAAAAACAAAGCAAACACAUUGACAUCAACUGUCGCCCAUACAUCUCCAAUUAAUAACACGGAAUCGCCAACACUAUCACGUCAGUCGACAACUUUUGUUGAUAUAUCAGAUAUGCCAAUCCACCCAUUUUUAAACACGGACGAAACACUACAAACGACAAAUGACCAAACACACCAUCCAUUAUCAACAUCGAUGACUGAUAAUACACAUAUCAACAUUGGGGGAAACAUCUUUACUCCGGGUUUACAGUCAACAGCUCCCGAUGAAACAUUUUCAAAUACAAAUUCACUUUUGUCACAACAAACUAAUGAAGAUUUGACAAUUUUGAAUAAUAACAACAGGCCUUUUACUAGUGACCUCUUACUUGUAAAUGAAAAACAAUCGAAAGGUAAACUUCAAGGAAUCCAAGGAAUCCCUGUAUUCGUUAACCCAACGCCAUUACAAAAUUCGAACAACCUGUUUGAUUCGCAUUUAAACUAUGACAGGCCAGGGAAAAAGUUCAACGGACAACAGGGGCUAAAGCUUGGCGAAAUUGAUAAUAUGCCAAUAAAGCCAUUAGGUUUACAAAAAUCGCAAAAAUCGUCACCAAUGAAAGCAGGCAUUGCUUCUUUGAAUACAAAUUCUAAUACAGGACUCACUGGUCAUCAAAUGAAUCAAAAAUAUCCUGGAUCGAUAUUUCAAAAAGCACGUGACAGUCGUUACCAAAUUGACAGUGACAUUGCAAUUGUUCCGAAAAUAAGUUUUGUUGAUCCGCAAAUGAAUGAACAUUUAGGUAGGUUAUCUAAUCGCGCAAAACAACAAAAUAAUCAAAUUCAACAAAAGCCCAGUUCAAUAAACAAUAACCAUGCUGAUAUCAAUAAAGAAAGAAAAAAUCCGAACCCUGAACCUAAAAGUGUAUUUUCUAAUAAUAUACCUUCUAGUACUAAAGAACAAGUGAAAUCGAUAAAUGAAAAUAAAACAAGUAAUCCAAAAGUACGGUUUUCCGACCCAAAGAUUUCUGAACAUGUUACUGCUUUGUUGAAGAAACUGUCUAGUAGAUAUUCAGCUCACAAAAAAACGUCAAGUUCGAAUCUUAAUUUCGUAGAUCCUCAGUACCUGACCCCCAUAUACAAAGCUCUUCUUGAGAACCGUCGUAAACAACUAUUCCUAAGCUCUUCAGCCGCCUCCGUGCCACCUGACAACAGAAUGAAGAUGAAGUUUUCAUUAGAUCCUAUCGCACAUACAACAGGAAGUGUACAGAAGACAGAAAAUACCCCGGAUUCAGCGAGUUUCAUCUACCAUAGCCCUGUUGUAAAUGCUAAAGUACCAACCCAUCUCUCUAAACACAAAUUUCUGCUUGCAAAUGGAACACAAACUCUACCAUCGGCUAUACAAAAUGGAACACUUUCACCAGGUACCUUACUUGGCCCUUUAACUCGUGCAAGUACUUCCAAGGCUGGCAAUUCGUUGUUUGGAAAGGCCGGUCACGUACCACGUGGACCUCAACAGGGCCAAGCUUAUAUUCCGCUACAGAGUAUCAAUGGAAAACAGGUUAAUGUAUCUUUCGUGGAGGGAUAUAAAUCGUUAGGCAAAGUAAUAGAUUAUCAUCACCUUGGUGAUCCAAGUGCAGUUUUUAGAACACGUGAUCAGUUUGUUGAUGGAAGCUUUGACCAGGGUCCUUUUGCUGAUAGUUAUAGACAAAAAGCUGACGUAGUAUUACCAACAUCCGGGGUAUUAACCGACUCGGAUCCCAGUAUUAAUGUCCCCCGACAGCAAAACAAAUUACCACUUUUUGCACAAGGUCAUUACCUGUUUCAAGAUCACAACAAACCUAUGGAAUUAAGCUUCGAUGUUCUUCAAUAUCUAUUUAAAACUAUGGGUCCUGACAAUAAAAAGCAAUCCAUAAAUCUUGAAGCGUUAAAGUCGCAAUCAAAAUUUCCAUUGAUAAUGAAAUAUAUCGACAGAAGUGGGUUGCGAAUGCAAAAAACGCAUAUACAUUCUCCGUUGGUUGCUCUAGUAGAUAGUCAACGCGCAGCUCAACAUAAAAAAGAAGAGAUUUCCCCUAUAUUAUCCUUUACUAAGAAUCGAAAUCAUAAUUUAAUAGAUGUGAGUCAGUCCCUAGCUAAAGGGUUGAAUAAAAAUAAUAGAAAUACCACACAUAAUCAAAAUCAAGCAUCAGCCGUUGAAGCUUUGGCCAAAGCAUCCCUUCUUAUUAAGCAAACCCCUCGUUUCAAAGGCAGAAUGGGAGUUAGUAUGUUCAAUAAUGACAAAAAUAAAGAAAGUGGAAAUCUUGCAGGUAAAUUUUCUAUUGGCAGAAGCAACACCAUGUUAUCAUCGUUCCGAGCUUCUAACAGAAAGUAUCCGUCAUUCCUAAGUGAACCUAAUCAAGUAAAUGGUGAUUUGGUUACUGAUUUGACCGACAUUCCGCAGGCUCAAGAGCAGCCUCCAGUUGGAUAUCCAGAACAUGUAUCAUCUACUACUAGAAGUCAGGAUGGGACGACAUCACAAAAGCCUAUGUCAUCCAUGUCAACAAGUGUGGCUACAGCUCCAAAGACAACAAAGUCUAGUGUUGACCUGUCAACCGGUGUGUUUCCGGCUACAGACGAAAGUACAAUGACAUCAAUAACACCAAACGAUGCCGCUAGUUUAGCAAUGAAGAUGCAUUUGCCUAUGGUUGACAAUACUGCAUCGACUCAGGCUUACCGCUUAAUCAUUGCUAAUAAUGAAGACAUCGGAAGACGAAUAAAUGAAAACAGUAUUGCCAAUGCUGAAAGCGGAUUCAAUGCAAAUCAUCUGAAUGACAUUUUGGCAACCGAAGAAACGCCAGCAUCCUUCAAUAAUAGGUUAGAUAGGUUUCGACAGACAGGUGACUCAGAUAAUAUAGCCUUUGGUAACUUACAAUCUGAUUUAAAUGCAAAACAUCGCAGUCAUAAAUUCUUCCCCUCUGAAACCUUAAUGAAUGAUGUCAGUGAUAUAAACAUUAUACCAACUGAGCCAUAUACACCAACAGACAAAAAACAUUCCAAGAGCUUUGCAACUAACACAAACAUUAAAAACGCAGAACAACCAACAAAGCAAAUUCAUACUAUCAUACCAAGUAUUAAUCUACACACUACAAAAACAAUCCAAAGUGCAUCAGUAUUCCCAACCUCUAGCACAAGCAUACACAGCCAAGCAGAUGCUACACCUUUACACGAUGUCAAUAAAAACACAGACACAUAUAUAAAUUCUCAACAACAUACACACAAUGCACAAACCACUGAACAAAGCCCAAGUACAAACGAACAAAAUGCGACAAGUUUUGUUCAGCACAAGUCGCGACAAACGGAGUCAUCUACGAACACAAACUUGGAGCAUGUGCAAAAUGGAGCUACAAAACAGGUACAGACAGGUCGACAAGAUGAAAUGACUAGUUCAGUGAAUACAAAGGCCAGUGCAAAAGAUGGAAUGACAAGUACACAAGGUGAUAAAAGAAGUACACAAGAUCGUACGACGAUUACGCCUGCAUCGCAUAAUGGAAUGACGAGUACACAUGACGGAAUGACGAGUACACAUACUGCAACUACAAGUACAUACGAGGGAAGGACGAGUAUACAGGAUAAGAUGACCAGUUCACACGAUAGAAUGACUAAUACACAAAAUGGAAAGACGGGAUCACAUACGGAGACGACUAGAUCACACGAUGGAAUGAAGAGUACACACGAUGGAGCGACGACUUCAUACACGGAUAUGAUAUAUGAAGAAAUGCCCAUGGCCAGUGCAUUGGAAGGCAUGACUGAUACACCAAGUGAGAUGAUAAGUACAACAGACAAUGUACCAAUUCCAGAAGAUGUAGCGACUACUACACAUGGCAGGAGGACAGAUGCACAAGAUGGAAUGAUUCAAUCCGAAGAUAGACAAUUUAACUUUGAUCCUUCAGCUCUUAAAGUGGACCCGUUAGCGGGGAAUGAUUUUGGAGCAAAGGAUAACAAUUUCCAGGCCCUCUGGUCAACAGACACAGGAUUUAAUCAAGACGCGAAAGCAAAUUCUGGCAAUUUUCCCAAUGAUCAAGGAGGAAACCAAAAUACUUUGAUGCUAUUCAAUGAUAUGCCGAAAUUCGUACAGCGAACUAUUGCAAAUGUGGACCAUCGACCUGGUACUGGUCCUGGUACGUUAAUCAAUACGUUAGUGAAAGGCUUACAUUUAGAUUCAUCCAAAGGAAACUUUGACAGUCGUGGCAAUGCAAUGCCUAAUAACAAAGCAACUGACUUCACAACGGAACAACAAAGUACUGCUACAUUUAUGUCUUCAGAUUCAUCUACAACACAACAAUCGCGGGAUCAAAGACAAGAACAAACUUCAUCAAACAAACAAUUGGCCAUGACAGACUCUCCCACUACAAAGGAACCACAAUUACGGUUGGACCACCUGGUCAUGCCUAUCGUUAAAACAAAAGAACCGAUCACAAAAAUGACAGAACAGACAACAACUUCUACAACAACUGAGGUGCCGACAACGACCACCACUACAAAAACAACCACGACCACAGAGGCACCAACUACCACAUCCACAACCACAACAACAGAGGCACCAUCAACAACCACAACAACAGAGGCUCCGACAACAACUACAACAACAGAGGCUCCGACAACAACAACAACAACAGAGACUCCAACAACAACUACUACAACAGAGACUCCGACAAUAACAACAACAACAACAACCGAGGCUCCCACAACACCUACUACAACAGAGACUCCGACAACAACAACAACAACAACAACAACCGAGGCUCCCACAACAACAACAACAACAACCGAGGCUCCCACAACAACUACUACAACAGAGACUCCGACAACAACUACAACAACUGAGGCUCCAACAACAACUACUACAACUGAGGCUCCAACAACAACAACUGAGGCCCCGACAACAACAACUGAGGCUCCGACAACAACUACAACAACUGAGGCUCCAACAACAACUACAACAACUGAGGCUCCAACAACAACUACAACAACUGAGGCUCCAACAACAACAACUGAGGCUCCGACAACAACUACAACAACUGAGGCUCCAACAACAACUACAACAACUGAGGCUCCAACAACAACUACUACAACUGAGGCUCCAACAACAACAACUGAGGCUCCGACAACAACUACAACAACUGAGGCUCCGACAACAACCACAACAACUGAACCUCCAACAACAACAACAACCGAGGCUCCUACAACCACAACAACAACUGAGACUCCGACAACAACAACUACAACUGAGGCUCCGACAACAACUACAACAACCGAGCCAACAACUACUACUGAACCUACAACAACGACAACAACGUCCACAACAACAACAACAACUGAGGCUCCCACAACAACUUCAACAACCGAACCUACAACUACAACAACCACACCUACAACUACAACAACCACACCUACAACUACAACAACAGUGACAACGACCCCUGUUCCGACUGAACCUCCGGAGCCACUUCGACUAGAUCACUUAUAUAUGGAUUUCAUAACAACUACGGCGAAACCUACAACAACGACAACGGAACCUACAACAACGACAACGGAGCCUACAACAACAACAACAACUGAAGCAUCUACCACAACCACUGCAACAACAACAACUACUGAGGAGCCUACCACAACUACAACCACAUUUGAGCCACCCACGGUCACAGAGCCCACAUCAACAACAGAACCGAGAAGGACCUUCUCCACAAGCAAUUUCGUUUCGAAUGGAGAAGGUUUAUUACAACCUACAGCAUUUGGGGGCAUGAGUCAUAUCGUUAUGAGCCCCACAGUUAUUGCUGGAAGGUCAAAUUUGAAUAGCAUCAAUGAAAAACAAUCCUCAUCUGUCAUCCGCCAAUCUGUAGAAAGACUGAAGCAGCUGUUUGGAUUAGAAAAUGUUCCUAAUGUCAUUAUCAAGCCUACAAAGUUCACAACUUUAAAUAAAUUAUCUGGCUCCUUACUGAUGUCCAAAGGAAGCCGCCUAUCUAGCAGUGCAAUCGGCAGAACUAUAUCAACUCACCAGGAGUCACCGACGCAAAGCCUGUCUGGUUCUACCACUGAUAGUGCGUCGACCACAGUCUUUACACCAGAUUACAUCACUGAAAUCACGACUAAGCAAGAACCAUUAAGAUUAGACCACCUGUACAUGGAUAUAAUUACAACAACUGAGCCGACCACAACGACAACAACUAUUCCAACCACCACCACCACGACACCUACAACGACAACCACGCCCACAACUACAACAACUCCUACAACUACUACCACACCGACCACGACGACCAAGCCCACAACUACGACAACGCCCACAACGACAACCACGCCCACAACGACAACCACGCCCACAACGACAACCACGCCCACAACGACAACCACGCCCACAACGACAACCACGCCCACAACGACAACCAAGCCUACCACGAUAACUGCGCCUACCACGACAACUGCGCCUACCACGACAACGCCUAUCCCGACAACCACGUCCACAACUAUGACAACCCCUUCAACCACUACCACGCCUACCACGCCCACAAGUACGACAACGCCAACUACAACAAAUUCUACCACUACCAUAAUGGUCCUAACGGAAAGUAAUACUUUACAUUCGACAACGGCGAUAAUUGUUCCAUCGGAAACUAUUACUACACAUUCUACCACGCCAAUAUUAGUCCCGAUCAUAACUUCAGCACCCAUACCAAUCACACGUACAGAUCCUACCAGCACGAUCACACUUUUCACUGAAAACAUGAAUUAUGAGGCCACAACGGCUGAAAAUCUUACACAGAGUACACUUGCAGAAAAAUCUAAACCACAGCCAUUAGUUAGCGGAUCAUUUGCGACUAUCCAACCCUUAGCCAGGCUAUCGCAGGUGCUCAAACUGGCAAGGACUCAAAAGACAGACGGUCGUUUGAGCCGACCUCUAGCCGCCACAGCUGAAUCUACAGUGGCAUCAAAAAUGGAAAGUGUAAAACUUUCAUCUACAUCUAUUGCGAACACGGAUGUUGCAUCAACCAUUACGCACACUGGUCCCUUGGUGGCAAGCCCUCUCGGUGGACCAACACUAGAUACACUUCAACAACAUUCUGGGUCAAGCGGGCCACUUAAUCAGAUGGAUUCCUUGAUGAUUGAGUCACCAACAGGACCGCUGGUAGGGAAUCAGCCACAAUUCACGGAACCCUUAGUCCCCGGGUUUGUAGCGCAGUCCGAGCCGGCCCCUAACCAGUGGCCAUCAAAGGCACCGAUAGUUUCACAAGGAAACCAGGGCUCUGGUGCAUCGAAACCCCUUUCCUGGACACCAGGAUUAAAACAGCCACUAGCUACACUACCAGCCUCCAUUUUGAUCGGCAGUGAACCUAAGUAUAACUUGGCAUCAUCUAAACCGGGAUUCGAGCCAGAAGCAGCUAUUGUUCCUAUAAAGCAGAAAAAUAUUGAAAGUAAAAUCAAAGACGUACGAUUGGCUGAUAUAAACACCGGUUCAAACACAUUUUCCAACCAUCAACAACCAAUAGCAGAUCAGUUUGCCCAGAAACCGGAUGUCAGAAUAAUGAAAAAUGGUCAAAGCAACCUGGCCGAUUACUCUAUAAUAAAAGACACUGGACCUACUGGGCCGUUGCUUCCUGGUUCACCUGCACCACCAACUUACAUGUACAAAUCAACUCCAAUCAACGUGCAGCUCAAUACAGGAAGUCCACUUACUAUCAGCUCUGAAAAGCCACAGUUUCCUUUGAACAUGGCAACUACAGGAAUAAUGGAUAUGGUCUACCAGGCAACAAACACCCCUGUUUUCACCGGAGCUCCCUCUGGUGGGUACACCAACACAUGGACUACAUCUGGAACAACAAUGCCUCCUGUGUUCACAGCCUCCACAGCGCCACCUACCACAACAGCACCUAUCGUAACAACCACUAACGCUUAUUCGCAAAUAUCAGCUAACGUUAUGCAAGAAAAAUUGAUCUGGGAGAAAAUUCAAGUGUUAAAGGAUUUGAGGGUUGCGCUGCAGUCUCUGAAUAUUCCAAAUAACGGGAAUUUAUACAAGAGAAUCGAACGUCUAUCUGUUGAUAAGAUAAGAGCAUACCUGAAGAGAGCUCAAUCGAUAAAGAAAGGCCGUAGUGGUACCAGACGUUCUGGCUGAUUUGGGAUUAUGCCAGCCAAAUAUACAAACCACUCGAUUUAAAACGAUUGAACUUAAAUAAGGCACUCGUGUCCUCGAAGGUUAUACAUGAGCUAUUUCCUUUCUACCAUAGCUCUUACAGAAUAUAUUUAAUGUUUUAUUUCACUUGAAAGUCUUUUGAUAUAAAAACAUGAUAUAUACAUUUUUUCCCCUUUUUUGUCCUCAAGCAGGACGUUGUUUAAAAUUUUAAAAUCGAGAUGGAAGAUAUUAAUAUCUCAUACUAUUAGCCCUCUUUUUUCAUAAAUUAUUAUUUUCGAAAAAUACUAUGCGUCGCGAGUUUGAGUUAAAAUGAAUAUUUGUAUUAAUAUGUUCGUGUUUGUGUUAUAUAUCAUAGAUUAACCAUUAAUAUUCGCACAUGAAACAAUUUAAUGUUACUUAAUUACUCACAGCAUAAAUACAAUCGAACAUACAAUGCGUAGCUUUGAUUUGAAUUAUCAAUCAUAAUUUUUACAGAGGAACGAGAAAUUAAUGCAAUAUCUUAUCAGACUUUAUUCCUUGACACGCUUUGACAUGAACCUUAGUCAAAUGUUAACUGUUCCUAUACUUGUUCUGAUCUAUUGAUUCAUUAAAAAAGCACAACAGUUGCAAUGCGGCGAUUAUUUAGAAUAACCAAAUUACUAGCAUUGUAAUACGAAUUUAUUAACGUUUAACAAAAAAUUCAGGCCUCAUACCAGAGGGCUAAAAUCUUGUCAAAAACUCUUUUAUCCGUAUAAACAAAGAAAUAUAAAAUUAAGUUAAGCGUUAUGUCUUUUAGAUCGAGACACAUACGUAGUAGGGUUGUUUGUGGUGUUUAAAUAUGUUCACCAGGCCAGAAACUAACAUAUAAGGCAACGCGUUCACAGCUAGCCUUACUUCACUGAGGUGUGGUGUAGAGUUCCCUAUAACCAGCGUACGUUUAAUGUGUAAUAAACGUCAGCACAUUUUCAUUUUUAUCUCAUUAAGUUGGAUUUCAUGACCUGACAACGAUCACUCUGUCGAGCCAUGCUCGCUGGCCACGUGAUAAUAAUAAAAUGUACAUGUACUUGACGUCUUUAACAAUACACGCUUGGUCUCUCAUAAACACGUUUUUAUUAUAAAGAUUAAUUAUGGUUGUAUAUAAUUUAUUUGAAUAUUCUUCAUACAUUUCUUAUUUGACAUCAAGUUCUGAUGACAAGUGUCCUACGUUAGGAUUCAUACCCUUCUUAGUAAACGUGCUGUGUUAGUUUUCACAACGCCAUAUGUAACUGAAUCGGUUUUGAUCAGACUUUGUCUUUGGUCCUGUUUUCGGGUGUGAUAACGAGCAUUUGGUACCAGAAAAACUUGAUAAAAAUUGCACUCAGACAGGUGUAGACACGACUUAAAUUAAACAGGAGUAAGUGAGUUUCGUGGAAGAAUUUUUAUUUUUGUAAAUUCGAAUUAAUAAUUAGCUUUGUAAAACAUCAAAUUUCAAAUUGAAAAAAAAAAAGAAGCGAAAUAUCACUUUUUCAUUUUGAAUUAAUGGCGCCAUUUCAAUUUAUGCUAUGACUUUACAAGAGGUGUUAUAUAUAAGACAUACAUGUGAUUGAGAUAUUGCCGUGAGCAAUAACCAGGGUAUCAGAUAUGACAAAGGGAGAUCCACGACGAGGAAUUAUCAAAAAUAACAUGAUCAUUUUAACCAUUCAUGUAGCUGUUACAUAUUCAAAAAGCAUAUACACGCGGUGUGGUCUAAAGCGUUGAUGUUAAAGAAAAAAGAUGUCAAGUGAAAAAAGGAUACUUGUUUUCGCAUUAUUAUUUGUACAUAGUAUAUACUUCAUUUGUAUCAGCUGCUACAACGUAGUUUCAUGAAAAUGUUAUAAAUAAAAAAUAACCAAUAA